AUGUUUGAAGGAGUAGCAGACCAACUCCACCAAUUCAUAGCUUCAAGAACAACAUCACUUCCUCUACCUAGUCUAUCUUUCCCUCCUCUUCAUGGGUCCUCUAAUACCACCAACUUCCCUAGUUUUUAUCCUUACACUACCACUACUACUUCUCAUCAAGUACCAGUACUACAGCCAAACUUUCUGCACCCGUUACACCAAGGUGCUCCCACCAACAAAGAUAUUGAUGAGAAACAAGAGAAUACCUUGGGGGCUAUUAAUUUUGAUCAGUUUGAAAGAGAAAGAUCAGUACCGGAAUUGGUCAAUCCAUGGUCUAAUGAUGAAGUGCUUGCACUGUUGAGGAUCAGAUCUAGCUUGGAGAAUUGGUUUCCUGAAUUCACUUGGGAACAUGUAUCAAGGAAGCUUGGAGAGGUUGGUUUCAAAAGGAGUGCUGAGAAGUGCAAGGAGAAAUUUGAAGAAGAAAGCAGAUACUUCAAUAGCAACCUUAAUUACAACAAGAAUUACAGGGCUAGUAGCUUUAGUGAGUUUGAAGAGAUUUAUCAUGGAGAUCAAAACCCUCAUCAAGAAGUUACAGCUGGAGAAAAGAACAAAAAGAUAGACAAGCCAAGUACUGAUCAAGAUGAAGAACAAGACAAGAUAGGACAGAACUUGGAAGACGAAACAAGAAUUGAUCAAACGGUAGGAAACCAAACUGAUCAAGAGGAUAAUGGGAAAUUAGCACAGGCUGAAAAAUCAAAGAGCAAGAAAAGAAAAAGAGAGAAGAAGAAGAAGUUUGAGAUGUACUUCAAGGGUCUUUGUGAAGAUGUUGUGAACAAAAUGAUGGCUCAACAAGAAAAGAUGCAUAGUAAACUUCUUGAAGAUAUGGUGAAGAGAGAUGAAGAGAAGGUUGCAAGAGAAGAAGCAAGGAAGAAGCAAGAAAUGGAUAGGAUCAACAAGGAACUUGAACUUAGGGCACAUGAACAAGCUCUUGCAGGUGACAGACAGGCUACAUUAAUCAAGUUCUUGAAGAAAUUCACAUCAAGUGAUUCUUCUGUGGUGAUUGAUCUUGGAGAGAGAAGUGCACCAGAUCUUGUUAACCUACCAAACUGUUCGAAUGCUUCCAGUUCAUCUUCCUUAGUGCUAGCACAAAACCCUAAUCCUGUUAGGCAGACCAGUAACGAAAGCCAACUUAAAGCACCUACAUCAUCUACCAUAGCUCUAGACCAUCAAAAGCCUACCUCCACGCCAGCUAAAACCAAUACCUCAUCGACAGAAAAUCAAGCACCUCAAAACCCUAGUCCAACUCUUGCCCCAAACAUUCCACAUGUCCCUACGACUUCAUCUGCACUAGCACUAGCUCCCCAAAACCCUAAUUCUCUUAAUUCCCGCAACAGCCCAUCAGGACCACCAAGCACAUUGCCGAAUUAUAAUAAAGUGCAAGCAAAGUCUACAUCAAAUGAUAAGGAUGACAUUGGCAAGAGAUGGCCAAGAGAUGAGGUGUUAGCUUUGAUAAACACAAGGUGCAGUCUCUAUAACACUAACAAUGAAGACAAAGAAGGAUCAGCAAAGGCUCCACUAUGGGAAAGAAUCUCACAAGGGAUGUUGGAGUUGGGUUACAAGAGGAGUGCAAAGAGAUGCAAAGAAAAAUGGGAGAACAUAAACAAGUACUUCAGAAAAACUAAGGAUGUUAGCAAGAAGAGGUCCAUCGAUUCAAGGACAUGCCCUUACUUUCACCAAUUAAGCACUUUUUACUCUCAAGGAACACUUGUAGCGCCGGAUAACCGCUCGACUUUCCCGGAAAACCGGUCAAAUUCACCAGAAACCACGUAUAGUAGUUCAUCACAAAAUGGGACUAGUAAUUCAACAAUGCAUGUUGCUGAAGGUGAGAAAAAUGUGACUGAGUUUGGACCAGUUUGGUGGUACGGUGCAGUGAAUCAUGUUUGUGGGACUCCGCUAGAUCGGACGACCAAUCUGAGGAAUGGUCUUGUCGAGUUGCAUAAGAAUGAUAAUGAGGUUUCACAAUUAGGUCCAGGGGCACCUUUUCUUUAUUCCUACUUUGGGCCGGGUACAUUCGUUAUCAGCAGAAAGAGUCUAUGCAUCUUCAAUAUUCAUGCAAAAUUCAGCUUGCACAGAUCAAAGAUAUAUACUACCGUCCUUGCAACAACUUUGAGUCCUUCACAACAGUUGUCUGGCCCGAACCAUGAUAGGCGGUGCCGUUUUACACUUUUACCAAUCCGGUGGGCAGAACGUGGAAUUUCAAGAAGCGUGGGAGGGUAG